CACAGACAAGAACAAAAACACAAAGGGUGGAGGUAGAAAGGCUCAUUGUUUUUAAUUAUUCCAAUUAUACCCACCAUUAACACUAGCCCUCUUGUCCAACAACAGCCUCCGACUGCCACAGACAAUUUGUCCAACUCGUGGAUGGGAAAAUAAUUAAUCCCCUACUUAUUAGGUAAAAGGCAGAAGUAAUUCAAACACAAGGUUUUGAGAGCAGUCAUCCAAAACUAAAGAGGGCUUUGGUGGAAGCUGCAUCCCUCCUCUGAUGUGACAUCGCAGUCAUUAAACUGGACUUGGAGAGGUGACAGGUGGAGCUGGAGGUUGACAGGUGGAGUGUCCUGAGGAUGUGGGAGGGCGAGCGUGACAGUGGAUCAUCCGUGGAGCGGUUCAUCCAACAGAGGGAGCUCCAUGAAUACAUUUGAGGCGGCGGCUGAAGCUUGUUUGUGCGUCUCCCGCCCAGGAGCGCAGCGGACCAGCGGAGCCACGGCCGUGAUGACUUCCAGCAAGAUCGAGAUCCCAGGAGAGGUGAAGAGCGACCCCGCUGCUCUCAUGGCAUCCCUCCAGCUGAUGCCAUCACCGGUGCCCAACCCGGAGAUCAAGUACACGAAGAUUUUCAUCAACAACGAGUGGCAGGACUCUGUUAGUGGGAAGGUCUUCCCUGUUUACAACCCAGCUACUGGAGAGCAGAUCUGUGAGGUCCAGGAGGCCGAAAAGGCUGAUGUUGAUAAGGCGGUGCAGGCGGCUCGUCUCGCCUUUUCUUUGGGCUCCGUAUGGCGAAGGAUGGAUGCAUCUGAGAGGGGUCGACUGUUGUCCAAACUGGCUGACCUGGUGGAGAGGGACAGCAUCUAUCUAGCAACUAUUGAGUCGCUGAACAGUGGGAAGCCCUUCCUGCCCACCCUGUUUGUGGACCUCCAAGGAACCAUAAAGACGCUCAGAUACUUUGCCGGCUAUGCAGACAAGAUCCACGGCACUUCUAUUCCAAUGGAUGGAGAGUAUCUGACAUUUACCAGAUAUGAGCCCAUUGGAGUCUGUGGACAAAUUAUUCCCUGGAACUUCCCUCUGAUGAUGACAGCAUGGAAGCUGGGCCCGGCGCUCGCAUGUGGAAACACUGUCAUCCUCAAACCUGCUGAGCAAACACCACUCACCUGCCUCUACAUUGCAGCUCUCGUCAAGGAGGCUGGGUUUCCACCGGGAGUCAUCAAUAUUUUGCCAGGAUUCGGGCCAACGGCAGGAGCUGCAAUUGCUUCGCACAUGGGCAUAGACAAAGUGGCUUUCACAGGAUCAACUGAGGUCGGCAAGCUGAUCCAAGAAGCAGCUGGGAAGAGUAACCUGAAGAGAGUGACGCUGGAGCUGGGAGGAAAGAACCCCAACAUCAUAUUUGCAGAUGCUGAUUUGGAUCUGGCUGUUGAACAGGCCCACCAGGGUGUGUUCUUCAAUGCAGGCCAGUGCUGCACAGCAGGCUCUCGCAUCUACGUGGAGGAGCCCAUAUAUGAUGAGUUUGUCCGCAGGAGCGUGGAGAGGGCCAAGAGGAGGAUAGUCGGCAGCCCCUUCGACCCCACAACUGAACAGGGUCCACAGAUCAGUCGGGAGCAGCAGAACCGUGUGUUGGAGUUCAUCCAGAGUGGCAUCAGCGAAGGAGCCAAACUAGAGUGUGGUGGCAAAGCUCUUGGUUUGAAGGGGUUCUUCAUUGAGCCCACUGUUUUCUCCAAUGUGAAGGAUGACAUGCGCAUCGCGAAAGAGGAGAUUUUUGGACCAGUACAGCAGAUCAUGAAGUUCAAAACUAUCGAUGAGGUGAUAGAAAGAGCUAACAACACAGAUUAUGGUUUAGUCGGUGCUGUGUUCACCACCGACAUCAACAAAGCCAUGACCAUUUCCACAGCCAUGCAGGCUGGCACCGUCUGGAUAAACUGCUUUAAUGCUCUGAGCACACAGUGUCCAUUUGGAGGAUAUAAAAUGUCUGGCAACGGCCGUGAAUUGGGAGAAAGUGGCUUGAAGGAGUACUCAGAAGUGAAGACCAUCACGAUGAAGUUGGUUGCUAAGAACUCUUAAGACAGUCACACUUUUCGGGAGGAGGUAGCAUCUUCCUCAUCCACCUCUUGUUGGUCCCUCUGUGGCAGCAAACCACUCCAACUGUCGAAACAAGCUGUCUCCAUGGUAACUACAGGCUGUGACCACUCGCUGCCCUCCCGGUCCGUCUAUCACAACUGCCACAGACAGUCAACAAACCCCCGUUCAGCUAUCUCCACCUGCCUUGAAUUUCUCGACUGUCUUUAGUCUAACUGACAACAACUGAGCUACCCCUCAUAUACCUCCACCACUAACUACACUAAAGCACUCACAGAGACAAUGCGGGGGGCUGUUUUGACAGAAACCCCGAUAACAACCUCCCCGCCAGCCGCUACACCCUGAUCCUCACCCCCUCGAUGCUGGAUGCUCAAAGACUCGCCGCACUUGCAAUCAGCCCUUUACUAGCAACUUGUCAUGUGUUGGGAGGCAUGUUCUUGUAGCGAGCGGUAUGAUCGUAAAAACCUCAUGUGUCAUUGUCGAAUUAAUGCAAGCAUGUCAGCUCAUUCAAGACCACUGAUGUUUUUCAGCCUCAGAUAUGAAUGAAUGAAAUGUUAAUUCAUAAUUAAAUUUGAUUUCUAAAUGUCUUUGUUUAUAUUUUAGCUUGUAUGACUUAACACUGUAUGUCAACCUUUGACUGAUGUAAACGUGAAGAUUUUAACCUCUUAAAAGCAUUUUACUCUUACCUGCUAAAAGAGGAGUAGAUGUAUUUUAAACAUUAUGUAACUGAUUUUCAUGAUGUCCAUCUAUGUUUAUGUUUAUACGAUCAUAUGCUAUAAAAAUUAUAAGAUUUCAAAAUGACCAUAGUUUUUUUCAGUAAAAACUUUUUUUCCUGUAAAA